AGUUGUUGUCAGUUCAGUACAUGUGCAAACUGUUCAUGCAUCUGGAAGUUGUUUCUAACUGUUGUUGCAAUCCUUAGUAUUAACUUCAUUUGUGCGGUAUCUUUUCAAAAUGCGAUACAUUGAUAAAAAAAUGUCGGCGAAUAAUUCUUCACAUUUGUUAGAAAUUUGAUUUUAUAUAAUGAAUAUUUAUCUGUUAUAUAAGUGAAAAAUCGAAUAAAAAUAAAGUUAUGCAUUUAAUUUAGUUAAUUAAUUGAUUAGUUCGAAAAAACGGAUAUGACAGGAAAGAAUCAUUGGGAUACAAAGGUGUCUGUAGUUAGUGGAGCGACCGGUUCAUAUGCUUCCACAACUGACAGCAAACUAAAAUUUACUAGAAAAUUUAGUCAAAGAUAUCGAUGGAAGUGUUGUGUUAUAGAAACAAUUUUAUUAUUUUUAUUAGUUUCAUCUUUAUCUUUAUAUGCUGGAUAUGACUAUUUACAAAGAACAUAUAAUGGAAAUGAAAAAAUAUUCAAAGGUGAUUUGAAAGCUGACGAAAAAGGAGUUGAUUUAAUAGAUUUUGAUAAUCCUGCUAGUCAAGAGUAUCAACGAUUUUCAUUGAAUUAUACACAUAUAAUUAAGCAUAUAAUAAAAAAAAGUCCCAUUCAAAAUAAAUUAAUCGAUGCUGAAGUCAUAGCUUUAGAGCUCGACGAAGAGACUAAUUUAAAAGUCUAUUUCUGGUUGAGGUUUGAACCUGUAAGAUGGACGGCAGAUGUAACUGCCGACGACAUAUUGUCGGCUUUCCGCCGAUUAUAUCCUACGACAAAUAUUAUACCUGGAAGUUUACAUAUAAAGCAUGUAACCAAUAGCGCCCUUUUUUCUACAAAAUCAUCAACUAUUGCACCUGAUUAUGUAUCAUCAACUGAAUUUUACCCUACAACACCAAUUCCUAGAAAAUGUACUCCUAUCAAAUUGAAUUUGUGUAAUUCAAUUUUGGAGUAUAAUAUGACUAGUUAUCCCAAUCACUUUGGACACAAAAACUUAGAUGACGUUCAAAAUGAUUUAAUUGCAUUUAGAGAUUUGGUGGAUGCGGAAUGUUAUCAAAGAACUUUGGAUUUGGUGUGCCAACUCCUUCAACCAGCAUGUCAGUCAAACGAAAAUUCUAUGCAGGACGAAAUGUUAUUGCCAUGUAGACAUAGUUGUCGAUUAUUUAUGUCUGGCUGUGGAUAUAGAGUACCACUAAAAUUACUUGAAGGCUUUGAUUGUUCCAAAUUUCCCGAGUACAGUAGUAUCGGUUCUACUUGUGCUUCAAAACCAGGCUGUGAUUAUAAACUACGUAAUACAGGAUUAUCUAAUCGUCUCUGUGACGGAGUUCAUGAUUGUCCUGACAUGUCCGAUGAAAAAACUUGUGGCUAUUGUCCUACUAGUUAUAUUCAUUGCAUUACUACCCGGACUUGUAUUCCAUUAUCAGCUAAAUGCGAUGGUGUAGUGGACUGUCCAGGUGAAAUGGACGAGCGAAAUUGCUUAAUUAUAUCACCAAAUGCACGAGCUAUUGAACAAGCUUUACCCUUAGCUACAGUCGAUGCCUAUUAUCCAGAAGGUUUUGUUUUUUUUAUCGAAAAGGGCAUGACUGGAAAAUUAUGUGCUUCCAAUUUCCAAACAGAUAUUCCCAAUGAAAGAAUAGAUAUGGCACUGCAGACAAUAGCUACGUCUCUUUGUCGCACACUCUAUUUUCAAAAUCUUUCGAAAAUUCAAAUUGUUGAUGAUAACGAUCUAUUUUCAUCCAGUUCUUCACGAUAUGUUAACGUAGCUGACCCAUUUGCCAGUGAAAUUACUUUUAAUCUGGGCUCUUGUCCUAAUAAAAAAGUAAUGCACGUGUCGUGCAGUGAUCCCGUAUGUGGUAUUCAAACAAGUAGAAAAAAUAAGUUUGGCGUUGACGGAUUGAAUAAAAUAGCUACUCAUGGAGAUUGGCCUUGGCAUGCUACUCUUUAUAAAAGUGGAUCUCAUGUCUGCGAUGCUAGUCUCAUAUCACCCGAAUGGCUACUAACAAGUGCUUCAUGUUUUCAAGGCCAAAGCAAAGCUGAAUGGGUUGCUCGUUUAGGAAUUAUUAGAUUGAAUUCCAUUUCACCAUGGCAACAAGAAAGACAUAUCGUUGGAAUGGUAAAAUCACCUGUCGAAGGAAGUACUUUAGUUAUGAUUAAACUGAAUUCUCCAAUUAUACUUUCUGAUCAUAUUAGGCCAGUAUGUAUAAACGAAGACCAAAUUGAUGGACACUUCUUGCAUUGUCAGACAUUGGGAUGGUCAAAAAACCGAGAUACUCUUCAACGAAUAGAGGUUAUUGAGAGCUCUAUGGAUAGUUGUGCAAAUAUUAGUAUUACGAGUGUAAAUGGGCUAUGUUACGAUUCAAUUUAUGACCACAAUGACUGUAUGGUAGAAGAAUUUGCUGGAAGUCCAAUGAUGUGUCUUACAUCAAGUAAAAAAAAUUGGGUUUUAAUUGGUGUCACAAAUUGGCGAAUUGCUUGUUCUGCUGAUGGAAUGAUGCGUCCCAGACUUUAUGAUAAAGUCAAAUCAAAUCUCAAGUGGAUUUCUUCCGUUUUAAAAGAUGGCUAAAUAAUCAUUUAUUAUUAUAUUAUCAUAUAAUUUUCCAUGUACAAUUGUUAUUGUAAUUUGUACUUAAUUUAUUUAUAUUAUUAGAAUUAUCUAUUUAUAACUCUUAUUUAUAAAAAUUGAAAAUCCAUUUAAAAUGUGUUU